AUGGCCAAGACUUGGACCGAUUACCGCCCCAUCAGCCUAUGUAACGUCCUGAACAAGAUUAUCACCAAGGUACUCAUGGAUCGCCUCUCCCCUUUCCUUCCGCAGGUUAUCUCCCCAAACCAAAGUGGCUACGUUAAAGGGUGGCUUCUCAACAAUAAUGCCCUGCUGGCCCAGGAGAUGUUCCAUGAGCUGGCCCGUUGCUCCCUAGCCCCCAAUGUAGCGGUGAAGAUUGACAUGGCUAAAGCAUACGACCGGGUUCAGUGGCCUUUCCUCUUAAAGACUUUAGGAAGAAGAAGAAGAAGACGGUUGCUGCACUGCAUAUUUCUUCACAUCGGAACCCUAAUCCAGCGGAGCUGUCAGUCAAUCAUUGGUAUCUCACGGGAUUCGAUGCACAAGAGGCGUGCAACUGGAGGAAAGAAGAAGGCGUGGAGGAAGAAGCGAAAGUAUGAGCUCGGCAGGCAACCGGCUAACACAAAGUUGUUGAGCAACAAGAGUGUGAGAAGGGUGAGAGUUCGGGGAGGCAAUGUGAAGUGGCGUACCUUGAGGUUGGAUACUGGAAACUAUUCUUGGGGUAGUGAAGCUGUAAACAGAAAGACCCGUAUUCUCGAUAUGGUUUACAAUGCAUCAAAAAAUGAGCUGGUCAGAACCCAAACUCUGGUCAAGGGUGCCAUUGUCCAAGUUGAUGCUGCACCAUUCAAGCAGUGGUACCUACAACACUAUGGAGUUGAAAUCGGCCGCAAGAAGAAGGCUGCUGCCAAGAAGGAAGGAGAGGAAAUCACUGAGGCUGAUGCUGCUGAAGAGGUAAAGAAAAGCAACCAUGUUCAGAGAAAACUAGAGAAACGUCAGCAGGACCGAAAGAUCGACGCACAUAUUGAAGAACAAUUUGGUGGUGGUCGUCUGUUGGCAGCAAUUGCCUCUCGUCCUGGCCAGUGCGGCCGAUGUGACGGUUAUAUUUUGGAGGGCAAGGAAUUGGAA